AUGCUAAUCCAAUGGAAUGAACAAAAAGAGAACAGGAUCCUCAAAAAACUUCACAAGGUCGAACAAAAAUGCGACUCCCUCGUUCGACGAUCAUUCAAGCAGGAAAAAACGAAGAAAAAUAACGUCAAAGUGAAACUUAUUUUCGAAAUGGAAAUGGGAGGUAAGAAAAGUGACCAAAGCUCAAACGAUGAGAAAUCAGAUUCCAGACCAAAGAUACAAACACGAACCUUUGAACGUCGACCAAAGCGCGAAAAAACUCCCGAAGACGAACUAUGGCAACAUGACACCGAAGCUGUUUAUGUUGCCAUUAAAGAGCUCGAGAGCAAAACCAACCAUUGGGGAUACUUUAGCCAAAGAAACAUAAACAUAAGUGAAUUGUUAACGGAUAAAUUUAGCUCGGUACAGUCGAAUGUGUCGAGAAUGAGUGAAUGCAAGAGACUGAGUGCGCACAAAAAGGUGAACAGAUCAAAAGCCAUUGUCACAUAUUGUUUCGUGGACAAUGGAAAGUUUUCAAAGAACUUUUGUGCAAAGUGUAAGAGCACAUCAGCGGGCUGUAACGGCCUUGGCGACUCCAGAUAUCACUCCCAUCUGGAUCCUUCGCUGAUUCCUGGAUCCCUUCCUUACAUGGAUACGAAUUAUGAACGACCUACAGGGGGAGCACUUGCGUUGCAUUAUGCAGCUGCAAGGGGCUGCCUUGAUUGUGUUAAGUUACUUGUGGAAGCAUCGCCAGAAAUAAGCGCAAAUACACAAAUGGACAACGACGUAACUCCCGUGUACCUGGCAGCCCAAGAAGGUCACUUGGAAGUGCUAAAAUUCCUCGUGCUCGAAGCUGGCGGCUCUUUAUACGUUCGUGCACGCGAUGGCAUGGCUCCGAUUCACGCUGCAUCGCAAAUGGGCUGUUUAGACUGCUUAAAGUGGAUGGUGGAAGACCAAGGCGUCGAUCCGAAUCUCCGUGACGGAGAUGGAGCUACUCCGCUUCACUUUGCGGCAUCGCGUGGGCAUCUCGCUGCUGUCCGAUGGCUUUUGAGUGUCGGUGCCAAAUUAUCUCUCGACAAAUACGGCAAAUCGCCGAUAAAUGACGCCGCCGAGAACCAACAAACGGAAUGUUUGAACGUUUUGGUGCAACAUGGCACGACGCCAGAUUACGGGGAAGUUGUCGUAAAGCCAAGUCAUCAUCAAACAAAGCGCCCGAACAAGAAACAUCAGGCGGAUAAGACACGCAAUGGGACUGUCAUGAGCAAAAGUUCGUCAGGCAGUUCGGAUUCGGAACCGUUUUAUUUGCAUCCGCCGACGAGUGGAAAUUCGCCAGGAAGUGUCGUGAACACGCCACGCUCCACAAAAGAACCCGUUUAUCGAAAAUCCUCGGCGGAGUCAUUUUAUCAUGGCGUGCCUCCGAAUGACGGACUUUUCAUUAAUCCCAUGCGACAUGGCUCUCUUUCGCCCCGCAGCCCCAGCGGAAGUGUCUCGGGCGAAUCAUUUUUCCUGCAUGACCCGCAAGAAGUCAUUUACAACCGAGUCAAGGAUCUCUUUGGCAAUAAUCGCAAUGUGACGAUCCAAGCGCAAGUUCAUUCAAGUAGUAGUGGCGCGACAUCCGCCUCCGACGAAGAUAUUUCCGUGGAAUCGAGUACGAGCUCCGAAAAUAGUCCCGUUAUCACGCACAUGCAAGUCAAAAGGGCCUCAAGUAACGGCAAUGGGAAAUCCAAUCGCAGCGAUCACGAUUACGAAGACAUUUAUUUGGUACGCGAAGAGACAAAUGGCAUGAUUAAGAGUAAAAUUCACGGCAGAAGUCGUUCGCGGGAUAGCGGUUCGCAUAGUAGAUCGGCAAGUGCGAGCUCGAAUCGCAGUGAAAUUAUUUCGGCGGGAAUGAAACCGCAAACGACGAAAGAGGCCAUUUUGCUGAGUAAACGCAAUAAAAUCUACGAACAGCAAAAUAACGUGAAAAAUAGCUACGAUUUUCCGCGAAAAAUGAACAAUUCUGGUCAAAGUUCUUACAAUAAUAAACAUAACACGUAUGAUAGUAUUUGUUCGCCCGAUGACAUCCAAGAGAGGAAUAAAAUAGCACAGAAGGUGAAUAAGACACGGAAAGACAAGGAAAAGGAGAAGAAUAACGAGAAACGAGGAAAUCACUUUAAGGAAGAGGAGAAAAUGUCGAAAGUGUCCGGUCCUCCCCCUCCACCAUUGCCUCCGCCGUUAAAGGCACCGAACCAUGGAAUCGGCAGCAACAAGAGUUUCUUACAUCAAAAGCAUCCGCAGUUCAGUGAUGGCAACGAAAACAAAAGCAAUGGCUCGACAAUGGUGACGAACGCGACAAAAACACAAAAUAAUGAAAGUCACGAGACAACCGCAGCAGAGAUCGUUGAUUCGGAUUCCGGAUUGGAAGUUGUCGAAGAACCGACGUUACGACCAUCCGAUUUGGUCAGAGGAAAUCACAACAGGAGCAUGUCCAUUAUUUCAGCGAAUAAGAAAGCUAAACUCAUAACCACAAGCAAUAAUAAUAACAACAACAACAACAGUCUAAUUCAUCAUAACAACAACUCUCAGCAACAUUCGAUGAAAUCGUAUUUGCCAGUCGAUGAGCAGCAACAGUAUUAUUCACAGCAACAAGACAUAACGCGACCUGGUUCUAGCAACAGCAGCAUUUGCGGCCCGAAAUUGGUUAACAAGCAACUCGUACUUCCAUUUGUGCCACCAUCGUUCCCGACAAAUAGUGCAGACGGCGCGAAUCAUCUCAUUAAGCCGUCGGAAUACCUGAAAAGUAUCACGGAUCGGAAGGCAGGUUCGAAUGCGGGCGGCGGAUCCUCGAGAUCGUCUGAUGCCGAAGAUUAUAUGCCAGUCAUAAUUUCGAGUCCUGGCAAUACUGGCACGCAAUUGCCUCCCCCUUGUCCGCCUCCGCCCCCGCCCGCGUUGCCAUUCAACACACUCCAAAGCAACGCGAGUCAUUCGUCGACGACAAAUACUGCGCAAAACGGCUCCACGACGGCGGCGUUACAGGAUCCCGCAACGCGGAAACAACAGCAGCCCUUGUCUGCGAUCUCGAUACAGGAUUUGAACAGUGUGCAGCUUCGUCGCACUGACAAAAUGCUCUCGAAGACAUUUUCGGCUCCCACACGAAGUAUCAGCAUGCAAUGCUUGUCUUCAACGGCGGAGCUCUUCAUGUCCCAAAAAGUCGACUUGAUUGCCGAAUUGAAGGCUUCGAAGGACAUCACGGGCAUCAAAAAGAUGAAAGUUGAACGCGCAAAAAUGGAGGAUCGAUAUUCGAGCAGCGAGGCAACAAGACAAUUCACACCAAAUAAUUUCGUUGAUACGGUACCUGAACGCGACAGCAGCGGCAACAUCAUUCCCGAUUGGAAACGACAAAUGUUGGCGAAGAAAGCGGCGGAAAAAGCAAAAAAAGAAUUCGAGGAACGAAUGGCACGAGAAGCCGAAGAAAGACGUUUAUCGGCAAUUCCCAAAUGGAAACGCGAUUUGAUCGCACGAAAGGAAGAAAUGGAACAAAAACAAGGAGUCCACACGCCACGCGUCGACUCAAACGGCAGCUCGCGUUACAUGUCAAAACGUGCAAUGUCUAUCGAUAACUUGAGUUUCUCCAUUCGCGAGGAAGACGUCAUGCGCUUCAAUAAAGAAAACAACAACGGAAACUUCAUGAAUAGCUCCCAUGAUCAACUCAAUCAAAUCGCAAUCGAUGAACGAGAUGCCAAGUCGCCACAAAUGACGCAGGAACCAACAAAUAGCAGUAAAAACGACGACGAGGAAGAACAAAUUAUACCAUGGCGAGCACAUUUACGCAAAACAAAUAGUCGACUUAAUUUAAUUGGAUAA